AUGGAGAGUAUUUCUACCACUCAAGUAGAAACACAGAAUGUUACAAUUCUGCUUGAAGAAGGGAAGAUCUAUGAUGUGAUGGUACAGUCAAUGAAGUAUGGCAAGAUUCUGCAUACAAAAUCAUUCAAGACACUACCUUCUGUUCCGGAAAACUUCACAUUUAAGAUGCAAGAUAUUGGCACAAAUGAAGCAGCCCUUGUCUGGAGUAAUUUGAAUGGUUGGCUUUGUUCAGAUUUUCAGAUCAAUCUUAAAUACUAUUUUGAACAUUCAGACCAAUAUUUUGAAACUUUUUUGCUAAAUGCAACAUCUACAAAAAUUCUGAAUUUAUGCCCAGGUUAUUUUUAUAAUUUUUUGUUGUCAGCAAGGAACUUUGAAGGAGCUCAGAUUACUCUACAUCCUGUCAUCAUGUCAGAAACAAGGCCAUUACACUUGCACAAUGUAAAGGCAACACAGGUGACAUCCUCAGAAAUAGUUUUGCAAUGGGAUAUUCCAGAAAGCUCAUGUGAUGCAUCUUUUCAUCACUAUCUGGUUAGCAUCUUUGACAACAAAGCAGCAAAAAGGGAAACAUUUACUUUUGGAAAAACUAACACUACUGCUGUAAUUAGAAGUGUCAAGUCAUACCAUCAGUAUCAGUUACAUCUUCAAAGUGUGUCUGAACAAGGAACUCAUAGCUGCUAUGAAGACCCUAUAGUCGUAAUAACAGGUGUCAGCCCACCCACCAAUGUAUUCAUUCAUCCAGAGGACAUAGGAGAAACCCAUGUAAUUGUCUACUGGAAACUGCCACAAGAGGGCGAGGAAUCCUAUAUUCAAGCAACUGCUGCAAUGUUUGAGGAUAAAAGCAUGUCAGUUUUAGUGACCAAUACAGAGAAAUUUAAAAUUGAAAACCUUAUACCUGGAAUGACUUAUGAAAUAGGAGUGGCUACUGUGACCAAUGGAAAUAAGAGUGAACUGAGUACCAUUCAGUGCACGCUUAAACCAAAACCAGUACAAAUUGUCAUCCCGUAUGAAAUUCACAAUAAUUCUGUGGUACUGUUUGUUCAAAUGCCUGCUGUUGGAAUAGCUGAUGGCAUACAUGUUUUAAGUAAAGGAGGUCCUAAUAAGUCACUGACUUUAUCAACUGAUAGAAAAAUAACUGUAGAAAACUUAAUCCCAGGCACAGAAUAUGACUUCUUUGUUUCCACAACUAGUGGUUAUAUGUUAAGUUCUGCAUACCAUUUGCCAGCUGUCAGAACAUGUCUUGCAGCACCACUAAAUGUACGUGAAGGCAGAGUUACAGAUCUUUCAAUACAGAUUAUUUGGGAUCAGGCAGCUGGAAACUUUCAGCAGUAUGAAGUCAUAUGCAUAAACUGUGCAGGUACUUUCAUGGUCCAAAAGGUCAGAAAAGAAAUGGCAGAAUUUUCCAGUUUGAUCCCAGGCUUGCUGUAUAAUUUUACAAUCAAAACAGAAAAAGAAGGAUACAAGGACAGCAUUCCUGUGAGCAUACAAAUAGAGACAGAACCAAUGGGGAUAUGUGGUCUAAACAUAACAGCAGUAAAUACUUCAUCCGCCACAUUAAUAUGGAAUCCAAGCAAGACCAACUUCACCCACUAUAGAGCAUCUGUAUCAAACAAUACUUUCAGAAAGGAAUAUACACUUUUAGGAUCUCAGUCACAUCACACCAUUUCAGAUUUGAUUCCUGGUGGGAUUUAUAACUUCACACUACAGAGAGUAAAAGGCAGUGCAAAUGGUGCCAUUGCCUUUACUGAAAUCAUUGCAGAGCCUGAAAAGCCAGAGAAGUUAGAAGUCUUCAACAUGUCAUCACAUUCCUUUUCUCUUCGCUGGAAACUACUGAACGGCUAUGUGGAAAAAUUUCAUGUGCGUCUCACACCUCCUCACGGCUUUGUUUCUAUCCAGGAUGUGGGAGGUGGGGAGUAUCAGGCUGAUAUUUCAGACAUCACUCCUGGAACAAUGUACAGUGUGACUCUUUCUUCUGUUACUUCUUCAGUGUACAGCUCACCUGUCAGCAAAACAGUGACAACUAAUGUAACUAAUCCAGGACCUCCUGUUUUUCUUGCGGGGGAAAGAGUGGGAUCUGCAGGAAUUCUUCUGUCUUGGAAUGCACCAUCCCAUCCAAAUGGGAGGAUUAUAUCCUAUAUUGUCAAAUAUAAGGAGGUCUGCCCUUGGAGGCAAAAUACUUACACUCAAGUUACAACUAAACCCGACAGUUUGGAAGUCCUUCUCACCAAUCUCAAUCCUGGAACAACUUAUGAAAUUCAGGUUGCUGCUCAAAAUAUUGCUGGCAUUGGAGUAUUUAGUGACCCAUUUCUCUUUCAGACUGCAGAAAGUGCUCCAGGCAAAGUGGUGAAUCUAACAGUUGAAGCGAUCAACCAUUCAGCUGUAAAUCUGAUUUGGUUUCUACCUCGACAGCCCAAUGGAAAAAUAACCAGUUUCAAAAUUAGUGUGAAGCAUGCAAGAAGCGGGAUAGUAGUGAAAGAUGUUUCUGUCAAAGUGGAGGACCUUCUGUCUGGAAGGCUGCCAGAAUGUAAUGAUAAGAGUGAAUCCUUUUUGUGGAGCACUACCACUCCUUCAACUACUCCUAGUAAAACUACUGCAUUUAUCCCAAGCACAAUUGCUCCUAACAAAAUGAGCUCUGUCUGGAAUGAACCUAUCAGCUUUGUUGUGGCUAAUCUCAGACCAUACACUACUUACCUUUUUGAAGUUUCUGCAGUUACUACCGAAGCAGGUUAUAUUGACAGUGCAAUCGUUCGAACACCAGAAUCGGUUCCAGAGGAUCCACCUCAAAAUUUUGUCAAAGGCAACAUUACAGGAAAGUCUUUCUCAGUUUCUUGGGAACCACCAACCAUUGUCACUGGAAAGUUUAGCUACAGAGUUGACUUAUUUGGACCCUCUGGGCAUAUUUUGGAUAAUAGCACAAAGGACUUGAAAUUUACCUUUAAUAAUCUAAUACCGUUCACAACAUAUGAUGCGUUUGUUGCUGCUGAGACAAGUGCUGGGGUGGGGCCAAAGGCAAACUUAACUGUUUUCACACCUGCAGGAGUCCCAGGACCUGUAUUUGAUCUGCAUGCCACAGAAGAAUCAGCAACGUUUAUUAGAAUUGCUUGGAAGAAACCACAACAACCAAAUGGAAUUAUCACUCAAUACAGAGUGCAAGUAUUACUUGAGGACACAGGGGAGAUUCUGGAAGACACACUUCUGCCAGAAAAAGACAAGUAUUUCAUUGAGUCUGUGGAUCCAGAGAUGAUGGAUGUAUACACGCCAUCUGCCAUGUGGAAUAAAUUAGAAACAGUGACCAGUUCGUAUGAAGGUUCAGCUGACAUGUUCCCAGCAGUGCACAGGUUUUCUCCAGUGAAAUUUACAGAUAUGUCUGAUGAUAAUCUUCCCACUUUCAGUGAGGUUUCAGAGCCACAUGCAGAUUCUGUUGAGCAGCUGUCAUAUCUUGUAAAUAGUCUCCAACCUUUCACCAAAUAUGCAAUUGCUGUGUCUGCUUUUACCAUCAUUGGGGAAGGACCGCCAGCUAUUCUCAUUGCUAGGACAAGUGAACAAGUUCCAAGUUCUGUAGAAAAUAUAAACUAUAAAAAUAUUAGUUCUUCUUCGAUUUUGUUGUAUUGGGAUGUACCAGUGAAUCCCAAUGGAGAAAUCACACAUUACACAGUUUAUGCAAUGGAGCUGGAUACGAAUAGAGCCUUUCACAUGACCACAACAAAUAACAGCAUCUUGAUUACAGGCUUGAGAAAGUAUACAAAUUAUAAAAUGAGGGUAGCAGCUUCUACAACUAUAGGAGAAAGUGCUCUGUCAGAAGACAAUGAUAUUUUUGUGACAACUCCUGAAGAUGAGCCAGAUUCACCACCCCAGGAUGUUGAAUUAUCAGAAGUGACUGCCACAGAAAUAAACUUAAGAUGGUCACCUCCUGAAAAGCCCAAUGGGAUCAUAACUCAUUAUGAAGUUAUAUAUGAUGAUGCCAGUACUUCAGUUUUUAAAAAUACCACAGCAACAAAUCUUCUUCUAAAUGGCCUGAAACCCUAUACUCUGUAUAACAUUUCUGUAAGGGCAUUUACUUCCCUCGGUCAUGGGAAUCAGUCUUCUGCCCUGUUAUCUGUAAGAACAGCUGAAACUGUACCUGAGCUUCCACCACAAAAUAUAACCUACAGGAACAUAUCUUCUACAGAAAUAGAAUUAUCAUAUUUUCCUCCAUCUGUCCCCAAUGGGAUUAUCGAGAGCUACACUAUAUAUCUCAGAGAGACUGAUGGGACCGAGGAAAGAAUAAUCAACACCAAAAAUUUGUCAUUCACUAUUACAGGUUUAAAAAUAUACACAAAAUAUGUAGUUGAAGUAUCUUCAAGCACUGCAAAAGGGGAAGGUACUCGCAGUAUGCCUCUCUCUAUAAUGACAGCUGAAGAUGUCCCUAGCUCUCCUCCACGACGGCUCACAGUAAAACAGUUAUCUGGUGUCACGGUGAAGUUGUCAUGGCAACCACCAUUGGAGCCAAAUGGAAUUAUCCUCUAUUACACCGUGCAUAUCUGGAAUCUCAUAUCCAGAAGAAGCAUUAAUGUGACAGAACCAUCAUUAGAGAUCACAGAUCUGGAAUAUAACAGUGAAUAUAAUGUUUAUGUAACAGCAAGUACUAGAUUUGGUGAUGGAAACAUGAAGAGUAACUUGACUAUGUUCAGAACUUCUGAAGGAGCUCCAAGUGAUCCACCUAGAAAUAUAUGGUAUAAAAACCUCACUUCUUCAUCAAUAGAAAUCUCCUGGGAUCCUCCUCAAAAGCCCAAUGGGGUCAUACAGUUUUAUUCAAUUUACUACAAAAAUGAUUCUAACACUUAUAUACAGAAUUUUACCAAUUAUUACACUGAUCACGAGUCUGAUAAUGCAACUUUGUCUACAGUAUUAAACGAUUUAGCAAAAUGGAGCCACUAUACACUUUGGCUAACUGCAAACACUGCCAUUGGAAAUGGAAAUCAAAUCAGUGAGAUAAUGCAAUUGUACACAGAUCAAGAUGUUCCUGAUGGACCUAUUCAACAAUUAGCCUAUCAAAACAUUUCAUCCACUGCUGUAAAUAUAAGUUGGAUGCCCCCAAUCCAGCCAAAUGGAAUUGUUUUCUAUAACAUUUCUCUGGCAGUAGAGGAUGCUCAAGGGGACCCUGAGAUUUGGUCAUUCAUUUCAUAUGAUACAAAUAUGGUUAUUAAUCACCUAGCAAAAUAUACCACCUACCUCCUAAACAUUACUCCAGCAACAGAAAAAGGGCCAUCUGAAAUACACAUGACUAGUUUGUAUUUCACAACCGAAGAAGAUGUCCCAGAUUCUGCCCCUGUUAUGACAUCAUAUAAAAACCUUUCAUCUACCUCAGUAAUGUUAUCCUGGGAUCCUCCAGCCCAACCAAAUGGCAUCAUAAUAAGCUAUGAUGUACAGCUACAAGGGCCAGAAAGAAACGAAUCUUUCACUACCUCAAAUAACUCUGUUAUUUUAGAAGACCUUUCACCUUAUACACUGUACAGUUUUUUUGCUUCUGCAAGAACUGUAAAAGGACUUGGACCAAGUUCUGUAUUAAUGUUCUCCACAGAUGAGUCAGUCCCACUGGCUCCUCCUGAGAAUCUGACAAUCCUUAAUUACACCUCUAACUCUGUAUGGCUGAAAUGGAACCCAAGCCCACAACCAAAUGGUAUUAUUAGAAUGUACAUUUUCAACAUUUUUGACAACAGUAGUCAAACUACGUAUUUUCAAAACAUUUCAGGUUCUCACAAUGAAACUACUAUUCUUGGACUAGAACCAUUCAGCAUUUAUUUCAUCAGCGUUUCUGCAUUCACAAAAGUUGGAAAUGGCAAUCAGUUCAGUAACGUUGUAGAAUUCACAACAAUGGAAUCAGCUCCAGAUAUUGUCCAGAAUAUCCAGUGCACUGCAACCAGCUGGCAGUUAGUUCUAGUGCAGUGGAAUCCUCCUUUGAAGACAAAUGGGAUUAUUAUCCAUUACAUCAUAACGUUUGGAAAUAAUUCAAUCAUCAUAUCUUCCACUAAUGAAACAGUCCAUACUUUCAAAGACUUGUUAUCAAAUACCUCUUACCAGUUUAAAAUAAAAGCUGCAACAGCUGCAGGGGAAGGAGAAGAACAGACAUGUAAUGCCAGCACAUUUCCAGAAAAAGUUCCCAGUGCUCCCAGAGAGAUAGCAUUUUCAAGCGUACAAUCCACAAGUGUGACCUUGAGAUGGAGAACCCCAGCUACUAUCUUUGGGUACUUUCAAAACUACAGGAUUACUACACAACUGCGCUCAAUCCAUUGUGAUAACUGGGAAGCUGAAUGCAUUGAGUAUGAGAAGGAACAAUAUUCAGACCUUACUGAUGAUCUUAUAGUGGAAACAGUUUAUGAUCUGAAAAAAUUCAGAUGGUAUAGAUUUAAAAUUUCUGCAAGUACAAAUGCUGGAUAUGGUGGAUCCACGCCUUGGAUUUCUACACAGACUCUUCCUGGAUCUCCAGAUGCUCCCCCCGAAAAUGUAACCGUGGUAGUUACAUCUCCUUAUAGUAUUAAUAUUAGCUGGAAUGAACCUCUCAUCCUAACUGGACCGACAUUCUACCUCAUUGACAUUACCUCAGUGGAUACAGAGGACUACAAAGCCUCGUUUGUCAAAACAAAUGAGGAAGAAACAACUCUUGCUAUUUCUGGUUUAAGGGCAUUUACAAGAUAUUCUGUAGUGGUCACUGCAUUUACAGGAGAUAUACAUGCUGCACAUACUGAAGGCAAGCCUAGCUCUGCAGUUAUUAUUUCCACAUCGGAAGCAGUACCCAGAGACCCACUUAGUAAUGUAACAUUUCAGAGGAUACCCAAUGAAGUAACAAAAUUUCAGGUGACAUUUAUACCACCAUCUGAACUCAGUGGGAAUAUUCAAGUAUAUCAAGCGAUGGUCUACAAAGAAGAUGACCCAACUGUCUUCCAAAUCUAUAAUCUAAGUGUUAUCGACCGAACAAACAAGUCAGUUACCGCUCUAAUAGAAGGACUAAAAGGAGGCUAUACUUAUAAUAUCAGUGUGUAUGCACUCAAUGGUGCUGGUGCAGGGCCAAAGAUCCAACUGAAAAUCACAACAGACAUUAAAGAACCACCAAGGCCUAGUAGGAAGCCAAUGCCAGUUUAUGAUACCAGUGGAACUCUACUUGUGACUUCAACAACAAUUACUGUUCGCAUGCCAGUUUGUUACUAUAGUGAUGAUCAUGGACCAAUUAAAAAAAUCCAAAUUCUAGUUGCAGAAGUAGGAGUUCAGCAUGAUGGUAAUAUAACCAAGUGGUAUGAUGCCUACUUCAAGAAACCAAGGCCCUAUUUUGUUAAUGAAGGUUUUCCAAACCCUCCAUGUGUAGAUGGAAAUGAAGGACUGAGCAGCAAAGAAGAUGUAUAUGUAAUAGGGGCUGAUAGUACAUGUAUGAUACCAGGAAGUGAAGAACAAUAUUGUAAUGGUCCUCUAAAGCCGAGAAAGCAGUAUUUGUUUAAAUUCAGAGCUACAAAUAUCAAAGGCCAGUUUACAGAUUCAGACUACUCUGACCCCAUCAAAACUUUAGGUGAUGGGCUGUCUGAAAGAGCUGUAGAAAUAAUCCUUGCGGUUACUUUGUGUAUAUUGUCCAUAAUUCUUCUAGUGGCUGCAAUUUAUGCUUUUGCAAGAAUUCGUCAAAAGCAAAAAGAAGGGGGCACAUACUCUCCACGGGAUGCAGAAAUUAUUGACACUAAAUUCAAGCUAGAUCAGUUGAUCACAGUGGCAGACCUGGAAAUGAAGGAUGAAAGAUUUACACGGUUACUUAGUUAUAGAAAAUCCAUCAAGCCUAUAGGCAAGAAAUGUUUCCUACAACAUGUUGAAGAGCUUUGUGCAAACAACAACUUAAAGUUUCAGGAGGAAUUUUCGGAACUUCCCAAGUUUCUUCCAGAUCUUGCCGCCACAGAUGCCGAUCUUCCAUGGAACAGGUCUAAAAACCGUUUUCCAAACAUCAAACCCUAUAACAACAACCGAGUUAAGUUAAUGCCUGAUGCAAGUAUACCUGGAUCUGAUUACAUCAACGCCAGCUAUGUUUCUGGCUAUUUAUGUCCAAAUGAAUUUAUUGCUACCCAAGGACCGCUACCAGGGACAGUAGGAGAUUUCUGGAGAAUGGUAUGGGAAACACGAGCAAAAACCCUUGUUAUGCUCUCUCAGUGUUUUGAAAAAGGACGAAUAAGAUGUCAUCAGUACUGGCCUGAAGACAAUAUACCAGUGACUGUUUUUGGAGAUAUAGUGAUUACCAAAUUAGUGGAAGAUAUUCAAAUAGACUGGACUAUAAGGGAUUUGAAAAUAGAAAGGCAUGGGGAUUGCAUGAUGGUGCGUCAGUGUAACUUUACUGCCUGGCCAGAACAUGGAGUACCUGAAACAAGUGCAUCAUUAGUCCAUUUUGUAAAGCUAAUCCGUGCCAGCCGAGCACAUGACAGUACACCCAUAGUUGUUCACUGCAGUGCUGGAGUUGGAAGAACAGGUGUUUAUGUUGCUCUUGACCAUUUAACACAACAUAUAAAUGACCAUGACUUUGUGGACAUCUAUGGACUUGUAGCAGAGCUGAGAAGUGAAAGGAUGUGUAUGGUUCAGAAUCUGGCACAAUACAUUUUUUUGCACCAGUGUAUUUUGGAUUUAUUGACAAUCAAGAGGAGCAGCCAGCCUUUAUGUUUUGUUAAUUAUUCAGUACUGCAAAAGAUGGAUUCUUUGGAUGCCAUGGAAGGUGACGUGGAACUAGAAUGGGAAGAAACCACCAUGUAAAUAAAGAGAUGAAAUGUCUGUCUUGAGAAACAAAUGGAAUUUUUCAACACCAGAGGCCAAAAUAUACCCCAUUCUUACAACAUUAACUAAAAGUAAAGAGUAAUUUUUAUAGAAAAAAGGAAAGGAAAAAAAGAAAUUAGACUUUAUACUCUAUUUAUAUGCCUUCACAAAUACUAUAAAUUAUUAAAUGACACUUUUGUACAGAGUGCAGUUGUUUCUAUAAUAAAAUAUUGUAUACAUUGAGUGCAGUCCAGCAAUAGUGAAUCAUGUAUUAAGUUCUAUCAACAACAUAAUUAAAUGAAAUAUUUCAUUGGA